AAGGAAAAGAGAAAAAGGAAAAUGAAGGCUGCAGAAUGACAUAAAAAGGAAAAAAAGCACUCAUAUUUAUGCCCCCAUUUGACAUUUUUGCAUAAAAAUAUUUGCUUUUCUUGUCCUCUUUGACGAAAAUUUGGUAUAAUACACAAACCCAGAAGAAGAAGAAAAGAAGAAGGCAGACUGAAAUUUAAGUUUUGAUUUUUUUGGACCUUGUUCUUCUUGGGGGUCGUUUGGUUUUUAGGUUCAUCAUGACUGUGGAGGUUCGAAAGACUAAUUUGGUUGGUGAAAAUGAUGAUAUGGAGCAGUUUCCUAUUGGUAUGCGUGUUCUUGCUGUAGAUGAUGACCCCAUUUGCCUUAAGGUUUUGGAGAAUUUGCUUCGUAAAUGUCAAUAUCAUGUUACAACAACCAAUCAGGCAGUUCAGGCACUUAAAAUGUUGAGGGAGAACAAAAACAGAUUUGACCUGGUUAUCAGCGAUGUUAACAUGCCCGAUAUGGAUGGUUUUAAGCUCCUUGAGCUCGUAGGCCUUGAAAUGGACCUACCUGUUAUAAUGUUGUCUGCUCAUAGCAAUACUGAACUCGUAAAGAAGGGAGUUCUUCACGGUGCAUGCGACUAUUUGCUGAAACCUGUUCGAAUUGAAGAACUGAAGAAUAUAUGGCAACAUGUUCUUCGAAGAAAGAAACCUUCUGUUAAGAACCAAAAUAAGAGCAUUAUUGGAAAUAACACUAGUCAAAGUGUUGAAGUUGCCAAAGGUUGUCCACCUGCAGUCAGUACUGAUAACGAGAAAUCUGGUAAAAGACAGAAAGACCAAGAUGAUGACGAGGAAGGAGGUGAAGAAGACAGUACUUAUGAGAACGACGAUUCCUCCACCCAAAAAAAGCCAAGAGUAAAUUGGUAUGAUGGAGAUGAGAAUUUGCACAGGAAGUUUGUGGCAGCUGUUAACAUUUUGGGCUAUGAAAAGGCUGUUCCCAAAAAGAUCCUUGAUCUGAUGAAUGUUGAAGGUCUUACAAGAGAAAAUGUGGCCAGCCAUCUUCAGAAAUACAGACAAUACCUUAAAAAACUGUGUAGUGAGGAAUCUGAGCAAUGUAACAAGAUGGGUGCAUUUGGAGGUACACACACCUCCUUCAGGCCCAUGGCAUCACUCGAUGGAUUUUCAAUGACUGGAACAGGAAGGCUCUCGAAUGCUACAUUCUCACAGUAUCCCUCUCGAGAAAUAGUUGGCCAAUUAAACUCUACUGCUGGAUUGAGCUUAAAUGAUAUUGCGUCCUCUGGAAUGAUACAGUCCCAUAAAUUGAGUAACUCAUUAAGUUUCAUUGGAAAACCCCAUCCACCUUUCUUCCACACAAACCAACCUCCGCACACAUUCAAUGGCAUUUCAAUGUCAUUGGAUCACAUUCAGUUACACAGAGACAAACGCACUCUGUCAUUUAAAGAAUCUAAUUUGAUAAAUGAUGCCUCAAGUUUUACAGUUUCCACCAGCUUCCCUGAUGCUGGAAGGGCUGUUGGUAGCUCAAGCAAUUAUGAUUUCGGUGUUUCAAGCCAUUCAUUGAUGUUACGAGAACAUAAGCAACAGAUUCAUGGCGAUGGAGAAUUCGGAGGGCAGUCUUCUCUUAAGAUAACUCUAGACAACCGAGAACCGUUAGACAGCGGCACAAGUGUUUCUAAUAUUUUGGGCCACAGUCAGUCUAACAAAAACUGGCCGGGUUCAAUCCAGCUCCCCAAAUUUUCAUCUAAUGUCUCGGUCACUGGAAUUUACCCUCCUGAUGGAAUGCCCGGUACUUAUUUGACAAUUUCCUCAGCUCAGCCCGAUAACGACAACUUUCCUGUUGGUUUUCCUUCAACAAGUGGGGAUUCAAGUUCUCAUCUUGAUUUAAGAGGGGACACACAAUGCUAUGAAGAACUAAUUGGUAGUGUUGUUGAAGCGACGAAUGGAAGAUCAAAACAACAAUGGGAAGCAGCUAAACAGGAUUACUAUGGCAACCAUAGUUCCGUUGUGAGGGACUCUUUUGUUUCUGGGAAUAGUGUUGCAGAUCCCUUGAUCCAGAGUGCAAAUCAGAACAAUGCAAUCUGUCUCGGAAACAUGAGCAGCUCUUCGACCAACCAAUUGAAUAUUGGUGCUCCAACCUUCAUUCACGAUGGUGUGGAAAUAUCUACAAUGAACACUUGGAUGAACUACGAUGGGAAAAUCCCCAUGGAUCAAACAAAGCUACAACAUGGAUUUUCAAGUUCUAGUUUCAAUUCCUUGGAUGAGUUGGUUAAUGCUCUGUCGAAACAGGAUCAAGAUCAAUCUAUUCAAAUAAAUGGCGAAUUUGGAUUUGACGCACAAUCUCUCGGCUCAUCGUGUAUAUGAAACUUAUGUUACACUGAUUCCUAGAUUGCAAUAGGGAAAUGAAUUUUAACCGACUCCCAAUAUUGUAUUUUCGCCUCUCUUUAUGUAGUUCUCUUAUCAUUAGCUGCUUCUCUUUCUGCAACAAGAAGUUUUUCUUGCUUAGUUGGUGUGUUGAUAGAAUAAUGACAGGAGAACUCAUUUAUAUUCUUCUAUAAGUGAAAUCCUCUUCCAGUUCCAUUCGGAUCAAUAAAGAGGUUAGAUUGAUAAUUCCCCUC